AUACGACGGUGAGCGAAACGCGAAGAUUUCAUGGUGUUAUAAAUAGAAUAUAGAAUAGAGUGAGGUUUCGUAACCCACGCAUUAUUAAAACAUCUGCGGUUUAUCGAGAUGUAUAUAAGCUGAGUUGGAAGCCUUAUUAUAUACAAGAGCUAGUCAACACGCCCUUGGUUAAAGAUAGCCAAGGGUUCACCGCGUAAAUCCUCCUAUAUAAUCAAAAUGAUGUGGCCUUCGUCUCAAGCGAGUAAAAUUCUUACAUUUUUACUCAUAAUAGUUGUUAUAUAUUGCAUUUACAUGGACACUUUUCUAUUUCUACGAAUAAGUAAUUAUAAAAUAGAUAUAUUCGAACAGUCAGAUAACAUAACACAAGACACGUCAACUCAAACUACGUUAAAAGCGCAGCAGAGUUAUGAAGAUGUAACUUGGAUACCUUGUAAUAUAAAUCCAUUAUGUCACCCUACCGUGAAAGCCUUAAUGGUGGAUCACAUUAAUCAUUAUAUAUACGGACCACUAUGUGCGAUUGUUGAUAUGGGAUUGCAUAUAUCAGAGAAGAUGCUAUUUCUAACUCCGAAUAUGAUAUCAUUUUUUCAUGUAUUCAUAGCCUGCGUUGGAGCGAAAUUGUUGACUUUUCAAAGUCUAGCCGCACGUCGGGUUGCCGUUGUCCUGUUCCAAAUUCGAAUGUUUUUAGACGAUUUGGACGGUCACGUAGCGAGAGAGAGAAAGCAUAUAAAAGGCGAGAGGUCAGAAGUCGGGACGAUUGGAUACUGGGUUGAUGGCAUAUGCGAUUUGUUAGGUGUGACAGCUAUGAUGAUAGGUAUACUUGUGUAUUUAAAGAAUAAUCCACCUCGAAGAGGUUACAAAGACACUCCAAUUAGCACUCUACCUUAUCAUCAGUUGAAGGAGAUAAAUUCGAGUGAAGAUAUCGAAAGGGAUCACACAACUGAAAUCGGUAUAUCAUAUAAGACAAAAGUAACAUUGCAAAGGAUAGUUCAAGUUAUUGGUUUGUUCUCUGGUCAAAUGGUGCUAUCGUCGUUAGCUUGGAAUAGAUAUAUUGACUUAUAUCAGGAUUUAUUAGAAAAUUCUACCGAUUAUGAUAUAUCGAAACGGGAGAGUGCGUUCACGUCUGGGACGUUUUUCUUCGCGACUGGUUUGUGGAGGAUAGUUAAUCCUCACAGUUAUUUACAUCUGUUAUCGUUAGCGGUGUUUUGUGAUAAGACAUGGGCUUUCCUGAAGGCUGUACACUACAGCGGAUAUGUGUGUCUAGUGGUCACGGUGGCAACGUCCGAAUAUUUGAUCGAGAAUAUCAAAUCUUUCGUCGUUAAUGGUGAUGACGUUUAAUUUUUUAUUUAUUUCAAGGCUUCGUUUAUAUAUGUUUUAUUAAUUGUUAUAAUGGUGUUUGUUGUAUAUUAUGUUAAAAUGAUGUAGAGAUUCUGUAAGAACUAACUCGAAACUCAUCGCGGAAAACGAUCGUGAAAUGUCAGAAGGUGAUAUGCGAUAUUGACCAUAAUGAUUAUAUCAUUUCAAGAAUACACGCGUCAAAAUAGUAUAUCACCGUAAAUCGGUUGUCAAUAUUUCACGGAUGAUAUAAAAAGUGAAUUCUUACUGAAUUACUAGAACCGCCGAUCGUCAAACUAAAACUUGCUUGUCAAUAAAAUGUGUUCUAUUUUUGAAAUAUAAAUUCUAAAUUAAUGAUUUAUAAAUUGAAAUAGAAAACAAAACUUCAAACAAUUAUCGAGUAUAACUUAAAAGCCUUAAGACGACCUUAAGGCCACGCCAGUAAACAAAUAAAUUUAAACUCUAUUUAUAUUAUAUUAGUGUACAUUUUAUAUUAUAGUUUCUUUAUAUUGAGAGUAAUGUUCAUUAUAUCGGUUAUAGUUUCAAAUGUAAACUCAUAUAUAUGUAUCGUAUGGCUCAAGAUCUCAUGUUCUCCAGACGUCAGUUAUAUUAGUUGCUUGAUUUUUUUAAAUUAAUGUUUGAUGGGUUGGUUAACGUGGCUUGGUAGUAGGGCUUCGUGCAAGCCCUUCAGGGUAGGGAACGCCCACUAAUCUCAUAUUGCCAAACAGCAAUACUUAGUAUUGUUGUGUUACGGUGUGAAAGGUGAGUGAGCCAGUGUAACUACAAGCGAUAUGACAUCUUAGCUCCCAAG